UAAGUUUUUUAAAUGAAAAUAUAGUUUCUUUAAAUAUUCAAAAUGUCAAGUACGACCGAAAAUAUUGUGCAUGUGUCAGUGACGACCGUAAAAAAUAUUACCUUUGGAACCACCGAUUAUGUCGUUUUUGUGUUAUUGUUGUGCGUUUCUGCUGGUAUUGGCGUAUAUUUCGGUUUCUUUUCGAAAGCUAAAAACACCACCGAUGAAUAUCUGAUGGGUGGAAAAAGAAUGAAAACUGUACCAAUCGCUAUAUCCUUAGUAGCAAGUCAGUUAUCCGGUAUAUCUAUUAUGUCAAUACCUGCGGAAACAUACUCAUAUGGUAUCCACUAUUUUAUUGCGGUAUUAUCAAUGAUUAUUGUUGUUCCAAUAUUGUGCUAUAUUAUCAUUCCGGUGUUUUAUGAAAAUAAUAUAUCCAACUGUUAUGAGUAUCUUGAAAUGCGAUUCAACAAGCACGUGCGUCAAUUGAUAACAAUAUCGUUUAUUUUUCAUUCUGCACUGAUGCUUCCAGUCUACAUGUUUGUUCCAUCAUUGGCUUUCUCCCAAGUUACGGGCAUCAACAUUCACGUUAUAAAUACUAUAAUCUCUUCGAUUUGUGUUUUCUACACAAUGUUGGGCGGCAUUAAAGCUGUCGUGUGGACUGACGUUGUACAAGCUUUAGUAAUGGUAUUCUCAGUAAGUUUAGUUGGUAUUUUGGGCACACUUAAAAUAGGUGGUCUCGGUAAUGUGAUGCAAAAUGCACUUGAGGGUGGACGCCUUAAUUUUGAUUUCACCUGGGAUCCACGUAUUGAGGGAAAGAUAAUGACAAUGUUAGAAAAGCAAGAUGAAAGAGUUUAA